AUGGAUUCUCUUUCUUGCUCUUCGACAAAGAUGAACAACAACAACGACAAGCUCUCUGUCAGAAACAAAACUCGUUUCAAGAACACCAAUUUGAUCACAAGACAAAAGACCAUUCUCAAGAAGGCUUUAGAGCUCUCCGUCCUCUGCGAUAACGAAAUUUGUGUCAUCCAUUACGAUCUUGAAGGAAAUCUCGUCGAAACUUAUCCUGAAGGACAGAGCAAAGUUAAAGACAUCCUCGACAGGUAUAACAAUCUAAGCGACAGAGAAAAAAUCAAGAAAAGCACGAAUCUUUCUCAGUUCUGUAACAAGAAACUCGUUGACGAGAAGAAAAGAUCUCUUACUAACGCAGAGGAACACAAAAAGUUCACAAAGAAAGUUGGAGAGUUCGAGGGUUGGCUGGUCGAUCAGUUUCAUAUAUUACAAGACAGGUUUCGUGAUCUUUCUUAUUCCCAGGAUGAUCAAUAUCAUCAGACCACAGCCGAGCGUGAUCAGAACCCUUCUCUUGAUGUUAUCUCUGAAAAAGAUCACAACUUUCCGGCGUCUUUUGGCUUCAACCUCGCUAAUGACUU